GGAGGGUGGCAGGAGUAGAGGGGACAUUUCACCAUGGAAUAUGAAGUCAAGAAAGGGAAGAAGGUGGUGCUGCUGGUCCAGGAAUCUCAUGUUGAGAAAUGCUGUUCUAGAUGGAACUCAAACUUUCUUUUGAGAUUCAGAUGGCUGGUCUGGGCUGAGCCCCAGAAUUUGCACCUUUAACCUUGAUCCAGGCCAUUUUUAUGCAGGGCUUUGUAUCCCCCAUCCGAAGGCUGGUGUUCCCCAAGGCCGGGCGCCGGGCAGCCUGUAGGAGCAGCGUGAGCCGCCGGCCCCUGCACUCGAUGCCCCUUUAUCCCCCUGACUACCUCAUCGACCCCCAGAUUCUGCUGUGUGACUACCUGGAGAAAGAGGUCAAGUUCCUGGGCCACCUUACCUGGGUGACUUCCUCGCUGAACCCAUCCAGUCGGGACGAGCUCCUGCAGCUGCUAGACACCGCCAGGCAGCUGAAGGAGCUGCCGCUGAAGACCACGGCGGAGCAGGACAGCAUCCUGAGCCUGUCUGCCCGCUGCCUGCUGCUCACCUGGCGCGACAAUGAAGAGCUCAUCCUGCGAAUCCCUACGCACGAGAUCGCCGCCGCCUCCUACCUGCAGGACGACGCGCUGCACCUGCUAGUGCUCAAGACCGGUCUGGGCGUGGACCCGGUGCCGGCCGGCAUGGACGCCAGCCCAGGCGGCGCAGGACGCGACCCCGGCCCGCCAGGCGCGGCGCCCGAGAAGCGGCGGGUGGGCACCGCGGAGCGGCGCCACACCAUCUGCAGCCUGGACUGGCGGAUGGGGUGGGGUGGGGGCGCCGCGGAGGCCCGGGCCGGGGGAGGCGGGGGCGGCAGCCUGGAGCGCCAACGCGCCGGGGCGCGGGCGUCGGGCAGCUGGGAGCGACGGCAGACGUUCAGCGGCAGCUGGGAGCGGCGGCACGGAGGCGGCGGCGGCGGCGGCGCCGGGAAGCCUGGCGGUAGCUGGGAGCGGAGGCAGGCGGGCAGCGGCGGCGGCAGCUGGGAGCGGCGCCACCCCGGCCCCAACCCGCUCGACCCGCAGGACCCCAGUCCCGACGCCUACUGCAACCUGGUCAUCCUGGCUGUAGCCAACAGGGACGCUGCAGAGGAGUCCUGCGCACUCAUCUGUCAGGUCUUCCAGAUCAUCUACGGGGACCAGAGUAUUGAGUGUGUGGACCGGGCUGGCUACCACUACACAUCCACACCUGAACGGCCAUGGCUCUGCAGCCGCAGUGAGAGCUGCCACACAGAUGGGACGUAUGCCUAUGACGCUGACUUCAGCUGCUGCAGCUCCUUCAAUGGCUCCCAGGACACCUUUGAAGCAUGUUACAGCGGCACGUCCACACCUUCUUUCCACGGCUCCCACUGCAGCGGCAGCGACCACAGCGGUCUGGGCUUGGAGCAGUUACAGGAUUACAUGGUCACGUUGCGGAGUAAGCUGGGGCCCCUCGAGAUCCAGCAGUUUGCUUUGCUGCUGCGGGAGUACCGGCUGGGGCUGCCCAUCCAGGACUAUUGCACAGGCCUGCUGAAGCUCUACGGAGACCGGCGCAAGUUCCUCCUCCUUGAUCUGCAGAGAGGACGCUUCCCCUGUGGGAGGGAAAGGGGACCUGCCCUGGGGACUCACCACGCCCCUCGGCUCGCAGGGAUGCGGCCCUUCAUCCCGGACCAGGACAUCGGCUACUUCGAGGGCUUCCUGGAGGGCGUGGGCAUCCGCGAGGGCGGCAUCCUCACUGACAGCUUCGGCCGCAUCAAGCGCAGCAUGAGCUCCACGUCGGCCUCCGCAGUGCGCAGCUACGAUGGCGCGGCGCAGCGGCCCGAGGCACAGGCCUUCCACCGGCUGCUGGCUGACAUCACGCACGACAUCGAGGCGCUGGCCCCCGAUGACGACGAUGAUGACGACGACGACGAGGAUGAGCCCCGGGGCUCCAGGGGCGGGAGCGACGCCGCCGAAGACAACUACCUGUAG